ACCCCGGCCACCACGACGCCCUCGGGCACGUUCAAGUACGGCGGUGUCUCGCGCGGCUGCUUCGCCGACGCGGCCGGCACGGGCGGUGCUCGCUCGAUGAACAGCGCCAGCACCGGCACCAACACGAUGACCAACUCGCAGUGCGCCAACUUCUGCGGUGACAAGGGCUUCAAGUUCUCCGGCUCGCAGUACAGCUCCGAGUGCUACUGCUCCAACGUGAUCCCCACCGUUACCUCGACCGCCUGCACGAUGGACUGCGCUGGCCAGGUUGGCGAGAAGUGCGGUGGCUCGUGGGCCCUGACUGUCUUCGAGAACACCACCACGCCCGCCACGUCGGCCGGCCCGAUCGCCUACCUCGGCUGCUUCAAGGAUGUCGUCUCGCAGCGCGCCAUGAACGACUACGUCUUCACGGGCACGGACAUGACCACCGAGAAGUGCCAGCAGGGCUGCUCGAUCCGCGGCUACCAGUACUCGGGCACUGAGUGGAGCACGGAGUGCUACUGCUCCAAGGCGGCGCCCACGACGACGGCCACGAACUGCAACAUGCCCUGCGGCGGCAACGCGGCCCAGACGUGCGGUGGCUCCGUCGCGCUCAGCGUCACGCGCGACCCCAACGCCGGCACGACGUCGGGCAGCUCCGGCUCCGGCUCGACGGGCUCCGGCUCCACCGGCUCCGGCUCGACGGGCAGCGGCUCCACGGGCACGGGCACGGCCACGACGUGCUCGGGCCUUGCUCCCGGCUACGCCGUCUGCCAGAACGGCCAGAAGGUCGUCAACGGCGCCUGCGUCGCUGCCUAA